AUGGAUAUCUCCGAAGUACAUUCCCUAGAAGAGGACCGUGACAGGAAGGAUGACGAGAAUUUCGACAACGAACUUGUGGUCAAGCGUAUCCAGACAGCGAACCAUGAUGGCGUGUUUGGAGAAAUCACAGAAAAAGGGCCAAACUACCGCAAUGUGGGCUUUGUUGGAACAGCUGUUCUGAUGGCGAAGUCACAAAUUGGUCUGGGAAUACUCUCGAUCCCAUCCGCCUUCAAUGCCCUCGGUAUGGUCCCGGGUGCCAUCUGUCUUCUUCUUAUUUCUGCUAUAACGACGUGGUCCGGCUACGUGAUUGGAAUCUUUAAAUUGAACCACCGUGAAGUAUAUGGAAUUGACGAUGCGGGGGGUUUGAUGGCUGGCCCAAUUGCUCGCUGGUUUCUAGGAGCUGUAUUCUGUAUCUAUUGGAUCUUCGUCAGUGCGUCCGGCAUACUGGGAUUGUCAAUCGGCCUCAAUGCAGUCUCCUCACACGGCAUCUGCACUGCCGGAUUUGCAGCCAUUGCAGCCAUCCUUGGAUUUAGUGGAAGCAGUAUACGGACCCUUGGACGCAUCACUUGGCUUGCAUGGAUCGGACUUCCAUGCAUCCUGGUUGCGAUUAUGGUGGUCACAAUCGCCGUCGGUGUCCAGGAUCGUCCUGCUGCUGCGCCCAAGGAUGAUCUACCUUGGAAUUCUGACUUCAAGAUUGUCGGCAACCCGACCUUCGCAGAGGGUAUGGCGGGUAUCUGCAAUAUUUUGUUUGCUUUCUCAGGCACGCCAGGAUUCUUCGCUAUUGUGUCUGAGAUGCGCAAUCCUCGUCAGUACACAAAGGCCCUACUUAUCUGUCAAGCCGGUGUGACCUCUAUUUACUUGGUCAUCGCAUGUGUUGUCUACUACUACUGUGGUUCUUAUGUUGCCUCACCGGCUCUUGGAUCCGCUGGUGGGCUUGUGAAGAAGAUUUCAUAUGGAUUUGCAAUCCCAGGAUUAAUUGUCACUUCUACAAUUGUCACGCAUAUUCCAGCAAAGUACAUCUUCGUCCGCCUCCUACGCGGUUCCCGCCAUCUGAAUCGCAAUACCCCAACACACUGGAUUGUUUGGCUGUGCUGCACAGGAAGCAUAACCGUUAUUGCAUACAUCAUAUCCAGCACAAUCCCUGGUUUUGACGCCCUGACAUCACUGAUUGGUGCACUCCUCGGAACAAUCCUCUGUUUCCAACCAUAUGGUUGCAUGUGGCUAUAUGACAACUGGUCUAGAGGAAGACACAGUUCUAAAGCCUGGCUACCCAUGGUAUGCUUUAGUUUCUUUGUCGUAGUGAUAGGCUGCUUUUUGACUGGAGCGGGCACUUACGGAACUGUGCUCGGGGUUAUAGCGGCUUCUGGAGAGUCGUCCCCCUUUACUUGCGCUGAUAACUCAAACUCUACAUGA